GGAAUAAAAACCCUGAUCUACACUUUUUCGCAACCUUCAUCUCCUCGUCUCUAGUGUGGUGUGCAUGCCUACUGCGCGAUUAAUGAGUUUGACGGGUGACAGGAAAGAUGCAGGAUGUGCGUGACUGACUGCUCUUCUUUUUAGUCUGUUCAGCUGAGGUCUGGUUGCAGGUGUAAGGCGAGACGAAGGGCAAGGCGAAAGAGAGAAAAGAGGGGUGGAGAUACCCUUCACACAGCGACGCUCACACGCUCUCGAUUUCUCGCAGAAAAAUCAAGGUUUACUAAGGUACGCCUAAAGAUAGCUGGCGGGUAAUGAGAAUCGAAGAAAUCAAGGUUUAGAGGAACCGGUCUCUUUGCUGUGUGAUGCUAGAUCUCGAUCGCGGGACCCACGCGGUAGCCUCAAGCUGGAUGGAACAAGGUCCUGCGGAAGGUCUUGCGGAGGAGGAAAGUCUCACUUUUGGAGUCUCGAGUCUCAGCAGGGAGGAAGAGGACUCGGAAGGGCGAGGAGGAGGAGGAGGAGGAGGGCGGUCCCACACCACGUGCAACUGCGCGGCGGGCGGAAGAGACCUCGUGAUGUUCGGGGCCCGUAUCAUUCUUUCGCUGCUACUCUACGCAGUUCGUCCGAGACAUUUCUCGGGCGCUGUUCUACGUAUGUAUUUGUGCGUGAUUUGGUGCCGUGUGUAUGGAUUUGGUAGCGAUUUUGAUUAUUGGAUGGGAAAACAGGGCAUAAUGGUUCGACUGCCUUGCUUUUGGACUUGUAAGACUAUGGAUACAAUAACGAGAGUGAAAAGAUGGGAAACUCGGCAUGAGAUUUUGAAAAAGACCGUGAGGGGAAGUAAGACCAGACCUUGGUUUUUGGUGCUAUCAACCACAGUUUCAAGGAUGCCCCGUUGUUGUCGUGUUGCCUGGGACAGCGACUGGCAGUCAUGGCUUUCGAAUACGAUUUGUAUUUUGGGAGUAAGACAACCACGUACUCGGAAACAAAAUCGAGUCAGAGUGAGCUGGCCUUGGUCUGUAUCUAUGCCCGACGAGCUGCAUUUGUUGGCAAGCAUUGGCAGCAAUUACGGAGUCAAAUGCCGUUCGCUUCUUUUCCCUGGUUCGUCGAUCAAGGGGAAUGAAUGAUGGUGGGGGUUUUUUUUCCCUCUCAUACGACGACUCACUUUGAGGAAAGUUGAGGGGUGAUUUGUGAAAGGGGUCUUGGUGUCAACAUCCGAGAUCCGAUCUAGCUGGCAGAAGCGAGGGGCUAGGUAGGCGAGGGAAUUAGAGUCCGUGAGGCGAGUUGCUCAGAGAUUGCGGAUAGGUAGGUACGGAUACUCAGAUGAGAGAGCACUUGGACAAGGGACAAGGCGGGAAAUGAUGGACGGGGCGGGAUUCCAUGAGGACGGAUAGUCCACCUUGGAAUUUGCCAGGGGAGAUUGGUGGCCUCGGGGAGAUUUGGGAGCGACAGACCGACCAUAUCAGUAGGUAUGCGUAAGCCUGGUAAA